GAAAAUUUCUCUUCGCACCCACCCAUUUUCUCGCGCACCCCCCAAACUUCCAAAAUUGCCCCUGCAAUGUUGACUUCGGGGACUACGACUCGAAUUUUUUCUUGUUCGGAAAACGUUUUCCGCUCGCUCUUUUUUCGGAAAACGUUUUCCGAACGACUGGGUUUUAUACCAGAACGUUACAGCUUUCUCUCAUUCACCUAAUCACUCCAUCUAAAACUCUCACCCAACAAAAUUUUUGUUUCCUUCGAAUUUUGGCUCAAAAUCAAGAUUGCAACCUUGCCUAGACGUUUCAAUACUCGUGGAGGCUCCAAAUCCAGAUAUGGAUGAUGAUCACGAGCUUCCAAAAAAGUCGAGGGAGGUUGUACUUGGCUUACGUAAACAAGAUCCGGUGGAAGAUGCCGAACCCAUCAACUGUGCAAUUCCAGUCAAAUAUGAAGCUACUGAGUGUGAAGCACCAGCUAUUCACAUUGAUACAAGUGAGCAUUUUGUGCCGGAAGAAACAUAUAAGGAUCGAGAUGAGUUGAUUAAGUGGGUUAAGGGUCAAGCUGAAAAGUUACAUUUUACAGUUGUAACUGUAAGAUCGGACCAAGGAUUGGUAAGUGGGAAGCCAAGUUUUGUGUUGGGUUGUGAAAGGGGAGGUGCGUACAGACCAUCGAACUACAAGGCAAAGAAAAAGGUAUCAAUCGAAGAGAGGGGAUCGAGGAAAAUUGGUUGUCCGUUUAGACUCCGUGGUUAUUUGCCGAAAUCAAAGGAGUGGAAUCUUACAAUUGUGUCCGGCAUUCACAACCAUGUGUUGGAUAAAGCUUUACAAGGUCACCUAGUUGCGGGGCGUUUGAAACCCGAAGAGAAGGAGACGGUUGUCGAAAUGACCGGAAAUCAAAUCCCACCUAGAAACAUCAUGUCUACAUUGAAAAAGAGAAAUCCAGAUAGUGCGACAAGCAUCAAGCAAUUGUACAAUGCCAAGCAUAGAUUGAAACUUGCAGCUCGGGGGCCAAGGAGUGAAAUGCAACAACUUUUGAAAUGUCUGGAGGAGAACAACUAUUAUUUCAAAGUUCGAACAGCUUGUGAGUCUGACACUAUUCAAGACCUUUUUUUUGCACAUCGUAAAUCUAUCGAACUGUUCAAUACUUUUAGCGAUGUUUUGCUUAUGGAUUCCACAUAUAAAACCAACCGGUACAAAAUGCCAUUGUUUGAGAUUGUUGGCUGCACAUCGACUAAUAAGACAUUUGGACUUGGUUUUGCUUUUCUAAGUAAUGAAAAACAUGACAAUUUUGUUUGGGCUCUACAACAAGUGCAACAACUUUUAGUGGACGAAAACUGUGCACCGAAGGUUAUUGUGACUGACCGGGAUGCCGCAUUGAUGAGUGCUAUUCCCGAUGUAUUUCCAAAUGCAACACCGCUAGUUUGUCGCUUUCAUGUUAAGAAAAAUGUCUCAGCUAGGUGCAGCGUGCUUUGUAAGAUCAAACAUGGUGAGGAGGAGAAGCAAGGGGACGUUGUUAAAAACAUAAUGUCUCAGUUUUACGAAGUGUUGAAUUCUCCAACCGAGGAAGCAUAUGCUGAAGCGGUCUUAAAGUUUAGAACCGUAUGCGAAAGGUGGCCUAGAUUUUAUAACUAUGUCAAAAAAACGGUUCUAGACACUGAUGAAAAGAAAGUUGUGAGCGCGUGGACAAACCGUGUAAUGCAUUUUGGUAAUACUACAACAAACCGAGCUGAGUCAUCACAUGCUGUGCUAAAAAAAUACUUGUUAGAUACAAAUGGUGAUUUUGUCAAGGUUUGGGGAGCAAUACAUGAUAUGUUGGUUAACCAACACACUGAGAUUCAAGCAACUUUUGGGAUCAGUUUGUCGUUACAAGAGCACAGAUAUGAUGAUAAGCCGAUGUACAAUUUAGUGGUUUAUAAGGUUUCAAGAACUGCAUUGGGUUACAUUCAUGAAGAAGCCAAGAGGGCUGAGGAAGUUGGCAUGGAUAGCAAAAAGUGUGGUUGUGUGUUACAACGCACCCAUGGAUUGCCGUGUGCUUGUGUUAUUGCUAAAAAAAUUCGCCACAACCGACCUAUUAGGCUGGAUGAGAUUAACAACCAUUGGAAGAAGUUGGUUUUCAAUGACCGGGAGGAUGUUGAACAACAAGUUGAUGACUAUUCUUGCUUGGCGGAGUGGAACGCUAUUCAGGAGCGUUUGAGAACAGUCGAUGUCCCCAUGAAAAUACAAAUUAGAGAACAGCUGCGACAGAUUGCAUUCCCACAGUCUACGUCAUUGAAACCUCCGGUUGUGGUUGGAAAGAAUAAAGGGGUAAAAAGAAAGGGUGCUUGCGGGGAAAGUUCGAUGACUCGGUCUCCUUCCUAUUGGGAGCAUGUGGAGGUGCAAUUUCCGCCUAGCCAAUCAUCACAAGCAACACCAUCAUCUUCCAAACAAAAGGGUGCACGUACCGGUAAAGUUAAUCCAAUCGAAGAUCGACAUAUUCCAUUUCUUGAUGCAAUGCCAUUGUUCAUGCAUUCGCAUAUUGAGGAUAUAGUUGAUGUCGAUGGUGAUGGUUUCUGCGGAUUUCGUGUUAUUGCUUUGGAUACUCGCAACAAUCAAGCUGAUUAUGAGCUAAUUAGACUAAACUUGCAAAAGGAGCUAAGUAAGCACAAGGACGAAUAUUUGACGAUAUUUGGUUCUAUGGAGCGUUAUCAAUAUCUAUAUGACGCUUUCUUUCCACCGACGAGAAGGUCUAGUCGGCGCAUGGCACCUAGAGAAAAGUGGCUAACGUUUCCAGACAUGGGGCACAUCAUUGCCUCAUACUUCAACAAGGUAGUAGUGUUGCUGACUAAGAGUGAAAGGUCUGGAGCUAGUGAAACUUUUUUUCCAUUGCGAGGCACUCCUCCACAAGACCCGGAUUCUAAGAUUUUAUGUAUCGGAGGGGUUCCAGAUCAUUUUGUCUAUGUUAAGUUGAAGCAACAUUGUCCAUUACCUCCGACCUGUAAGACGUGGACUAAGUAUUGUACGCAGGAAGCUUCUUCGUGGCAGAGUAGUUUCGUGGAUAGACAAGCGGAUUUCGUGGCAUUGAUGGAUAAUGAAAAAGGCGCUGUUGUUCCGAGACGUAAACUUCAAAAGGGAGACUCUAAAGAAUGUCCAAUCGAUUGCUUGUAGUUUAUGUUAUUUAACUUAAUUAAUGUUUUUUGAUUUAGCGCGAUUGCGGCGUAGAAUGUCACUUUAGGAUGUCACUCUAGACUCAUUUUGUAAGUGAACACAUUUUGAACAACUUUUGUAAAGUAGGUGAACAUUGGACAUUUUGAACACAUUAUGUAAUAUUCGAUGUUCGAUUAGA